AUGGGAAACAGUUCUUCAAAACACAACAAAAAAAAGCAACAACAACAACAACAACAAACAGUAACCAAUACACGUAAAAUAGUGCCUAAUAAUCAUCGUUCACAACCACCUCCACAAACCCAACGUCAACCACCUCCACCGCCUCGAAAUCAUACUAUACCACCCAAUGAUCACUAUUCUCGGAACCCACAAUACGAAAUCAACCAAGUGUUUGAUGAUGAAGACGAAGAAGCCUAUUACCAACCAAAUACCCUUCAAGACCAACAUACUCAUGCAGACCUUGAUUCUUGCAUCCAAAGGCUGCUGGAAGCUGGAAAAUCUAGACAUAUUGGAAAAUCAGUGUGUCUCGAUCAAAAUGAAGUGAUCGCCAUUUGUCGGUACGCAUAUGAUUUAUUUUUGAGUCAGCCGACUCUACUUGAACUGAAUCCUGGACUUAAAAUUGUGGGUGAUAUUCAUGGACAAUAUCAUGACUUGAUGCGGUUAUUUAAAAUGAGUGGAUUCCCACCCAGUUCAAACUACUUGUUUUUGGGUGACUAUGUAGAUCGUGGCAUGUAUAGUCUAGAGACUAUGUUGCUGUUACUUUGCUUCAAACUCAAGUAUCCUGAAAACUUUUUUUUACUGCGAGGUAAUCAUGAAAGUGCGGAUGUUACACGGGUGUAUGGAUUUUAUGAUGAAUGUAAAAGAAGAAUGAAUGUUAAAAUAUGGAAGCAUUUCGUAAAUGUGUUUAAUGCUAUGCCUAUUGCAGCUGUUGUGGGAGGCAGAAUAUUUUGUGUGCAUGGUGGACUAUCGCCUCAGAUGAAAUCAAUGAACCAAAUCAGUACAAUUCAACGACCACUAGAGAUACCCGAAUAUGGCUUACUGAAUGACUUAUUAUGGUCAGAUCCAAGUGAUGCCUCGCCUAAUUGGAGUGAAAAUGACCGAGGUGUGUCUGUAUGCUUUGGUGCAAAGAAUGUAGAUGCAUUUUUAAGCAGAUACGAUCUAGACUUGAUUUGCAGAGCUCAUAUGGUUGUAGAAGAUGGUUAUGAGUUCUUUCAUCAAAGAAAAUUAGUCACUAUUUUCAGUGCUCCUAAUUACUGUGGCGAAUUCGAUAAUUAUGGUGCUGUCAUGACUAUUUCUAGCAGUUUAUUAUGUAGCUUUGAAAUGUUACCUCCAGAAGAGAAAAUAGUGACAAAAGAACAACAGUUGAGAAAGAACAGGUAUUUAAAUCGCAGUUUAAACAGAAACUAA